AAUGUUCGUUCGGCCGAGCUCUCUGUCAUUUAUAGCCGUUGGAUUAAAACCCGCCGUCCCUCCUCCAUCUAUUUGUCAUUUCUAACACCGAUUAAUUUAUUUUUCUUAUUUCUCAUUUGACGGAAAAAAAAAAAAAAAACUCUCUGAAAUGGCGAUGAAAAUUUUCAGCGUUUUCUUCUUUGCUCUCCUCUUCCUCGCAUCUCCUUUCCUUCAAGUUGCUAGGUGUCAAUCAGAAGCAGAGGCAGAUGUUGCAGAAGCUGUUGAAGGAGGUGAUCUCGGUAUUGUUGGGGAGGAUGUUCAGGAUUUUGGUGAUCCUAAUUACAGUUCAGCUCCUGAAGUUAAAACUGUUUGCGUUUUCCCCAAAAAUAGCGCCAAAUUGGUUCUGGCUGGAGAACAGACUGAGCUCCUUGUUGGGAUGGAAAAUAUUGGGGAGUCACCCGUGAAUGUCAUUGCUAUCAAAGCCAGUGUUCAUCUCCCUUUUGAUCACCGUAUGCUUGUUCAAAAUCUUACAGCAGUGGCUUUCAACAAUGCAACUGUACCCCCUUCAGUUCAAGCUACUUUCCCUUACGUAUUUGCUGUUAGCAAGUACUUACAGCCUGGAACUUUUGAUCUUGUGGGUUCGAUUAUCUAUGAUAUUGAUCAGCAACCAUACCAAAGUACAUUCUAUAAUGGUACCAUUGAAGUUGUUGAGGCUGGUGGUUUCCUCAGUGUUGAGUCCGUUUUCCUUGUUACCCUUGGGAUUGCACUUCUUGUUCUCCUUGGUUUGUGGCUUCACGGUCAAUUUCAGCGUAUCACCAAGAAAACUAAGAGGGCUCCAAAGGUGGAAGUUGGGACCAGGGCUCCCGAUGCUUCACUGGAUGAAUGGCUUCAGGGAACUGCUUACACUCAGUCGGCUUCCAAAUCAAAGAAGAAGAAGUAGAUGAGAAAAGUGAUCGCUAAAUUCGGGCUAUUGUAACUCUUGCCAAGGCAUUUGGAAAAAUUGUAAGUGGGCGCAGGUAGUUCUGAGAAUUAGGCCAGGAAAAUAGACAUAUAUACCUUUGCUGUUGUAGCAUUUGAACUAUUUCGGUUUUCACUACAUCUUUUCUUGAGGAUGCUUAAAUCGAGGCUUGUAGAAGCGAAACUAACUGUGAUACGAGGCAGGACUAAUUUUACUUCUUUUUUUUUUUUCUCGGUUUCUUUGUUCAUCGGAUUUCAGAUUUUUGGUUUCUGGGUUAAACUUAAGUAUUAUCAGUGUGGUGGUGGUGUGUUAGAAAUCUUGGUCACAGCCGCUGUCACGUUUUCACUGCUAUUGGGAAGUAUACAUUAAAUUCCCUUGUUAUGUUCCUUUUGUAAUCGAUUUCAGGUUUAAACAUGUUGAUUUUUUAACUUA